UCAGACUCCUCAUCCCGAGCCCUGGUCAUGUGACUCUUCCCAUCGGUUGGGAUUUCUCUCUCGGCAUGGCGGAGAUGAUGGAGCUUGGUCUGCUGUUUAAUACCAUUUGUUAUUCACUGUGAGGAGGACACGGGUGUUUUUGUUGUCGGUUAACCGUUCUGCGCCGUUCUUUCCCCCCGGUUUCUGGCCAUAAUGGCGGAGCGCGGUGUGGAUGUGUCCGCUCUCCCCCAAGAGGUCCGGGAGCAGCUCGCUGAGCUGGACCUGGAGCUGUCGGAGGGUGACAUCACACAAAAAGGAUACGAGAAGAAGAGGGCCAAAGUUUUAGCACCCUACUUGACACAAACACAAAAUUUGGCUCCGCCUCCGGCAUAUGAUGCACAGUCCCCUGGUCCAAGCUCCGCCUCCGCCUCUGCACCUGAACCUGGCCCGUCAAACUCAUCCUCCUCCUCUUCUCGCCACCGGCGCACACGGCGACCACACCGAAGCAGCGGGACUAGAGAUGAGCGCUAUAGAUCAGACAUCCACACUGAGGCAGUUCAGGCAGCAUUGGCCAAGCAUAAAGAGGAAAAGAUGGCGCUGCCCAUGCCGACCAAACGUCGGUCCACAUAUGUACAGUCACCAAUUGACAACUGCACCCCACCAGACUCCUCAUCUUCCUCUGAUGAUGAGGCCGUGUCAAGUGAAAGUACAGGGCCUCAGCAGUCUCCGGACACCUGGAUUAAUAGCUCUCUGCAUGGCUCCUCCACCUCCUCCUCUGCCUCCUCCACUCUCUCACAUGGGGAGUCUCGGCCCACCCAGGCCCCUCAGCCUCAGUCUCAGCAGGUCCCACCUCUUCCCGCACCUGCCCACCCGCCCCACUCUCACUCCCAGCCUUCCGCCCUGGCUGAGGCCUACGCUCAGACACGCAUCGAUCCAGGAGGAGGAGUUGGGCCUCCUGAUGUGCCAUCCCAAGCUCAGGCCAGAGGCUCUCGUGUGGAUCUGCCUGCCAACGCUGUGGUACGAGGCAUGAGUCGAGGACAGAGUCGGUCCAGCAUGAUGGAGACAGCAGACGUGAGAAGAGUAGGCAGAGGUGUUCCGGUGUCCAGUCGUGUGUCCACGAAGAUCCAGCAGCUGCUAAACACAUUAAAACGACCCAAACGGCCACCACUUAGUGAGUUCUUCAUGGAUGACCAAGAGGAGAUCGUGGAAGUUCCUCAGGCAGAUCCUAACACCCCUAGGCCAGAAGGCCGGCAGAUAAUCCCAGUGAAGGGGGAGCCGUUGGGUGUGGUCAGUAACUGGCCUCCUGCUCUUCAGGCAGCAUUAACUCGAUGGGGUGCCACACAGGGCAAAAGCCCCGCCCUCACAGCUCUGGAUAUCACAGGAAAACCACUCUAUACACUUACGUAUGGGAAACUGUGGAGUCGUAGUGUAAAGCUGGCCUACACUCUCCUCAACAAGCUGGGAACCAAAAAUGAGCAGAUCCUCAAACCAGGAGACCGGGUGGCGCUGGUGUAUCCUAACAGUGACCCUGGUAUGUUCUGGGUUGCAUUUUAUGGCUGUUUGUUAGCAGAAGUCAUUCCUGUGCCCAUAGAGGUUCCAUUAUCCCGAAAGGAUGCGGGUAGCAGCCAAGUUGGUUUUUUGUUAGGUAGCUGUGGGGUGGGUCUGGCUUUGACCAGUGAGAUCUGUUUAAAGGGUUUACCCAAGACCCCCACUGGAGAAAUAUUACAGUUUAAAGGCUGGCCCAGGUUAAAGUGGGUGGUGACAGACUCCAAAUACCUCACAAAGCCUUCAAAAGACUGGCAGCCUCAUAUCCCAACAGCCAACACAGACACGGCAUACAUAGAGUAUAAGGCCAGUAAGGAGGGCACAGUGAUGGGUGUUGCGGUUUCAAAAGUUGCCAUGUUAACACAUUGCCAGGCACUAACUCAGGCCUGUAACUAUUGUGAGGGUGAGACACUGGUGAAUGUUUUGGACUUUAAGAAGGACAUGGGUUUGUGGCAUGGAGUUCUUACGAGUGUGAUGAACCGAAUCCAUACCAUCAGUGUUCCAUAUGCAGUAAUGAAGGCCUGUCCACUGUCCUGGGUUCAGAGAGUUCACAUACACAAAGCACGGGUGGCAUUGGUGAAGUGUCGUGACCUGCAUUGGGCGAUGAUGGCUCACAGAGAUCAGAGAGACACCAGUCUGGCCUCCUUGCGCAUGCUAAUUGUUGCUGACGGAGCCAACCCUUGGUCGGUUUCAUCAUGUGAUGCAUUUUUGAACGUAUUCCAGGCUUACGGUUUGAAGCCAGAGGUCAUCUGCCCGUGUGCUACAUCACCUGAGGCCAUGACGGUUGCCAUACGCAGGCCUGGGGUCCCCGGUGCUCCUCUUCCAGCGAGAGCCAUCCUGUCCAUGACUGGGCUGAGCCAUGGGGUCAUCAGGGUCAACACUGAAGACAAGAACUCUGCUCUCACCGUCCAGGAUGUGGGACAUGUCAUGCCAGGAGCAUUGAUGUGCAUUGUGAAACCGGAUGGGCCGCCCAUGCUGUGUAAGACGGAUGAGAUCGGAGAGAUCGUCGUGAACUCUCGUGCUGGUGGAACCAUGUACUACGGCCUGUCUGGAGUCACUAAAAACACCUUUGAGGUGAUCCCAGUCAAUGCUAGUGGUGCUCCUAUUGGUGAAAUCCCAUUCGUGCGGUCGGGAUUACUGGGUUUUGUUGGACCGGGUAGUCUGAUAUUUGUGGUGGGUAAGAAUGAGGGCUUGCUAAUGGUUAGUGGUCGUCGUCACAAUGCUGAUGAUCUAGUAGCAACAGCAUUAGCGGUGGAACCAGUCAAAACUGUGUACAGAGGCAGAAUUGCUGUGUUCUCAGUGACUGUGUUCUAUGAUGAGAGGAUAGUAAUUGUAGCAGAGCAGAGGCCUGAUGCCAGUGAAGAAGACAGCUUCCAGUGGAUGAGUCGGGUUUUGCAGGCAAUUGACAGUAUUCAUCAGGUGGGAUUGUAUUGUCUUGCACUGGUUCCUGCCAACACCCUGCCCAAAACUCCCCUGGGGGGCAUUCACAUCUCAGACACCAAGCAACUCUUCCUGGAGGGGUCGCUGCACCCCUGCAACAUCCUCAUGUGCCCUCACACCUGCGUUACCAACAUGCCCAAACCACGUCAAAAACAACCAGUCGGUGUCGGCCCUGCAUCCAUCAUGGUGGGUAAUUUGGUUGCUGGGAAAAGAAUUGCGCAGGCUGCAGGCAGAGAUCUGGGACUCAUAGAGGACCAAGACCUGGUCAGGAAGCUGUGCAUGUGGCCUACAAUGAUGCAUCAGUUCCUUACAGAGGCUUUACAGUGGAGAGCACAAACCGAUCCUGACCAUACGCUUUAUGUACUUUUAAAUGCAAAGGGAGUGGCAGUGUGUACAGCUACAUGUGUUCAGCUUCAUAAAAGAGCAGAGAAGAUUGCUGCUGCUCUCAUGGAGAGAAGUGGUAUUAACAUUGGAGAGAAUGUGGUACUUUUGUAUCCACCAGGUAUAGAUCUGAUCGCAGCAUUUUAUGGCUGUUUGUAUGCUGGUUGCAUUCCUGUCACCGUGAGGCCUCCACACCCACAGAACCUCUCAGCCACUCUGCCCACUGUCCGCAUGAUUAUCGAUGUCAGCAAGGCUGCUUGCAUUCUCACUACUCAGGUUUUAACGAAGAUUCUCAGAUCUAAAGAAGCAGCAGCUACAGUCAACAUAAAAACAUGGCCCAUCAUAAUAGACACAGAUGACUUGCCUCGCAAACGACCUCCCACAAUCUACAAACCACCCAAUGCUGAGAUGAUCGCUUAUCUGGACUUCAGUGUCUCAACCACAGGCAUGCUGACAGGAGUGAAGAUCUCUCACGCGGCGGUGAGUGCUUUGUGCCGCUCUAUAAAGCUACAGUGUGAGCUGUACUCCUCCCGUCAGAUCGCCAUCUGCCUCGACCCCUACUGUGGACUUGGUUUUGUGCUCUGGUGCCUUGCGAGUGUAUACUCAGGUCAUCAGUCCAUCCUGAUACCUCCUAUGGAGCUGGAGAGCUCACUGACCCUGUGGCUGGGCACGCUCAGUCAGUACCGCAUCAGAGACACCUUCUGCUCCUAUUCUGUCAUGGAGCUCUGCACCAAGGGCCUGGGCGGACAGACAGAGAUGCUGAAGGCACGCGGUGUGAACCUGUCGUGUGUGAGGAGCUGUGUGGUGAUUGCUGAGGAGCGUCCGCGCUUGGCUCUCACACACUCUUUCUCCAAACUGUUCAAAGACCUUGGACUCUCCAUGCGGGCUGUCAGCACCGCUUUUGGGUCAAGAGUUAACCUGGCCAUCUGCCUACAGGGUACAACUGGACCAGACCCCUCAACUGUGUAUGUGGACAUGAAGUCCCUCCGACAUGACCGGGUGAGGUUAGUAGAGCGAGGAGCGCCACAGUCUCUUCCUCUCAUGGAGUCUGGAACAAUUCUUCCUGGUGUGAGGGUGAUCAUAGUCAAUCCAGAAACUAGAGGACCGCUAGGGGACUCUCACUUGGGAGAGAUUUGGGUGAACAGUCCCCACAAUGCAACAGGAUACUACACAAUAUACGGAGAGGAAAACCUGCAGGCUGACCACUUCAACACUAAGCUGAGCUUUGGAGAUCCUCAGACACUCUGGGCCAGAACUGGAUACCUGGGCUUUGUCAAGAGAACUGAACUCACAGACUCCAGUGGAGAUCGCCAUGACGCCCUGUUUGUGGUUGGCUCUCUGGAUGAGACUUUAGAAUUGAGAGGUUUGCGAUAUCAUCCAAUUGACAUCGAGACGAGCGUAUCACGCGCCCACCGCAGCAUCGGCGAAAGUGCUGUGUUCACCUGGACAAAUCUGCUGGUGGUGGUGGCUGAACUCUGCGGAUCAGAGCAGGACGCUUUAGACCUGGUUCCGCUGGUAACCAAUGUUGUAUUAGAGGAGCACCAUCUGAUUGUGGGUGUGGUGGUUAUUGUUGACCCAGGGGUCAUUCCUAUAAACUCCAGAGGAGAAAAGCAGCGAAUGCACUUGAGAGACUCCUUCCUGGCAGAUCAGUUGGACCCCAUAUAUGUAGCGUACAACAUGUGAGCUGGGAUAUGGGCGAGCCAAAGGCCUGCCAGAGCGGUGCUAUGGAGCCUGGCCUCAGAACUUGGAUUAAGUUCAUAUACAGAAAGACUUGGCCCUGAUUUUUUCAGGGAUAAGGUGUCAUUUUCCGAAAUACAAAUUUGUGAGAUGACUGUUUUGGAGAAGGGAUGCUGUAAUAGAAUUUCCCUUUUUGCUCAAUUCCUUCUCCACCAGAAUCCCACUCUCUCAGAAAAAUGCCACAUAAUGUCUGUCCAAUUCUUGGUCAUGAUUUAAAUUUACUUGAAUUACAUAGCUCUUUUUUUUCUACUCAAACGCACUCCUAUUCUAGCACUGGCUGGCUUGUACUUUUUUCAAUUAUUUGAUUAAAAUGAGCUUAAAGCCUCAGUUCAUAAGUUUUCACCUGGGUUGUUCGAUUUUAGAUUUUUUUUUAUUCUGAUUCCAAGUUUUCGGAAUCAAUGGAAUCGAUUCUAGGAGUCAAUUCUUAGACUAACUAUUAAGUAAAAAAAGGGAGACAAAGUGAAAUUGUAAAAUAAACAGUGCAAUAUAAACUGUAAUGAUUCAUAGAAUGAAUGAUAGAAGCUUAUAAUGGAUGGAUUGAUUACAAAAGAUCAGUGGAGUAAUUAAGUAGGUUUAGCAAUAUAAAUUCUGUAUUAUGAAUUAAUGUUGUUAAGACGCUUUUGGAUUGUGUAGUAGUGUGGUAACCAAGGUAAUGAACACAGUCUUAACAGACUAGGACGUCACGACCCUGAAUCCCAAAAGCUUAAAAUGUGUCAGGAUUGAUCUGCAACCCAGCUUAUCUAUGGUGCUGUGUGUUACAGGGCUCUAAAAUGUAAUAUUUAUUGGACAGCAUUGGGGUAAUUGGGGCCAUUUGUCAUUCAUCAGAUGCUUGUGUCCUGAGCAGAUUACAUUAUAUUUAAUACAAGGACAGUCCCUGUUGAGCAACCUGGGCUUAAGUGCCUUUCUUAAGGGCAGUAUUGAUGAUAGGACAUUUCUGUAACACUCCAGUUCAUAGAAUGCCCUUACCCAGGUUAAAACCCACACCUUCAUCCACCAUCAUUUAGAUUAACACACAAAUGUAUUACUGAGACUGCAUCUGUCAGCUCAUUUUGCUCUGUCAGCAAACCAUUUAGUGUUUUAAAUCUUACCACUGGGGCUUUAACAAAGUUUAUUUCAGAUAUGCAGCUAUUCAGGUGAUGAACCUGCAUCUUUUCAUUUGUUUUAAUUCUACAGUAUUUACGAAAUACAAUAUACAGUUAUACUUGUACUACAAAAAACUGAAACAUAAUACCCAAAACGUUUUUCUUUUCUUUUUUUUACCCAUAUUCAACAGGUUGUUAUUUAGGAUUGUCCACAAACAUUAUUUUAAUAAUCAAUUUCUUAUUAUCAAUUGAAUAACUGAAUUGAGAUAUGUUUUAAACCAUGGGCUAUUUAAAUGCUUCAUACAUCUGAUAUGGACCCUUUUAUUUAUUAUUUUUUUAUUACUCAAUGCAAAUAAGAAAAAUGUUUCAAAAAGAGGACCUCUGUCUAUCUAUCUAUCUAUCUAUCUAUCUAUCUAUCUAUCUAUCGAUCUCUCUAUCUAUCUAUAUAUAUAUAUAUAUAGACAGCAUGACACUACAAAGGCAAACAUUUGUUCAAUGAAUUACUCAAAGUGAGAACUUUAUUCCCUCAGCCCCCUCAAGUUCAGCAUGAGGAUAAUCAUCCCUAUUGUUUUUCAUUAUCCUUUAUGCACUUUAUUAGAUAAAUACAGAUAUAUUCUGUAACAUGGACUAUUAAUAUCUUUCAAUAAGGGCAUAUGUGUGGUUUUUAUUAUAUAAUUACUUGCAUUAUUGAGUAGCAUAUGAAAGUUCAGGCACAUAAAAACACAUUUUUGGGACUAAAUGCCCAGUCUAACCUCAAUACCUUCAUUUAUAAACUGUUCUCAGUUUACUUCUCCACAUAUAACAGUAAAAAAAACUCAUAUACACUUAGUAUGGAUUCAUUAAGGAACAUUCAACUGCAAACCUCAUCACACACAGAGCCCAAACCAAACACAAACUGAGAUACGUAUAGCUCUAUUUUUGCUCUCAUCUAAAGGUGCUUAUACACAUCAGGACUAGCCAUUUAAACCUCUAAAUGGCAAGAAGAAGAAGAAAAAAAAAAAAAGAAUUCAGGCAUCUGUACAAUAAAAUAAAACAACUGUAAAAUAACACAACUCUCUGUACAAGCAAACCCCUCGUGAACACCUAACUGUACAAAGGCAUAGAUUUUACAUGUUUGGCAAAGGAUCUUUAAAGGACAGUUGCUGUCUUCUGUACUAUAGCUAUUUUUACCAGGAAUGACUAACUUCUUGUAAACCACAAAUAAUUGUACAUAAUUGCUUGUGUACAGAUGAGAAAUUCUACUGUACUGUAAGUUAAUUGCUGUAUUCUGUCAAAUUUUUGGAUUAAUAUGAAUAUUAACUACUGUCACUGACAUCCCUUCGUAGCUGAGCGGAGGUCUGAAGUUGAAGACUGGUUGUAAAUAGCUUGCUUUGUUUCUGUUUUUUUUUUUUUUUUCUCUGGUCUAUCAGAAAUGUAAUGGGUUGAAGUCUGUGUUCAGAUUUUCUGUCAUGCAUUUCUAUUUAGAAUUCAGAUUCAGAAAUCUUAAGCAGUGUGUACAAGUCUUAAGCAUGAUAAAGUCAAGCACUGUGGGGGCUUGAAAGAGUCCUUACACAACUGAUCACUACAGUAUGCUAGCCUAACCUCAUUCUGUAUGACGGGGUUGAGUAUGUGUGCGUAUGUAUGGUCACAGCAUUGAAAGGUCAUUCGUUUUGUUGAUGAGUUCCACAAUACCCUUUCCCAAAUCAGAGACACUGUCAUGAAAUGUAUUCUCUCAUUCUCACUGUCGUUAAUGGCACCAGAGCUGAGUUCAUGUGAUGAAAGCACAAGCGAGUGAAUGAGCUUUUUACACGGGGCAUUCAGGGAAAUAGUGCUUUCCAGGAUGGAGAGGAUAUUCAUUUGUAAAUAUUCACGUUUAUGUUUGCAAUGAUUUUUGUUCUUUAAAUAAAAAGAAUUUAUUUCUCAUUUGCAUUAACCACGUCUUAAUAUAUACAAAAACAAACAGAAAAUAAGACAUAAUCUGUUCAGUUUAUUGAUAAUUUGACAUGUCAGCUAAGUGCUGGAACCAGAAGAAAUGUUUUACACGCUAUGCAACCAGCUGCAGUUACAUUUUAAAUUACACAUCCAGCAUUACACACUUAAUUGCUAUACAAGAAAAAACAAAUUAUUUGCUUGCUAGUUGUGGAACAAAAUAGGAACAUUGUUUGUUUAGACAAUGCAUUUUACUCUUCUGUGUUAAUAAAAACAUUCUGUUCAGUUCUCAUAAUAUUAUUAAUAAGAAUGUGAUAUUUCACAUUCAUGGAUAUAAAUGAAAGUCAUGAUUAUGCAAGCAAGCGUUUCCCUGUUGGUUCACAUCUUUCUUUUUUGUACAUUGGUUACUGUAACUGUUUUAUACUCCAACGAAAAACACGAAAAAAUAAUAAAAGGCUUUUAUUUUG